UAGAAUUUCUUACAACCCCUUCACAAAGGCCUCUUUAAUUUUCUUCUCUUGGCACUUCAUGCUUCAACUCUGACAUAGACAUGCAAUUUUGCUAACACCGUGAACAAUAAUACAUAAAUCAGAAGAGAGUGAAGAAGGAAUGGCAUCCCUCAUUCCUGGAGUUCUACUGAAGCUUCUCCAAAGUAUGAAUUCUAAUGUGAAAGUUCAAGGGGAAUAUAGAUCAGUUCUUCUGCAAGUGAUCAGCAUUGUGCCUGCAAUAACUGGGUCUGAAUUAUGGCCUAACCAAGGUUUCUUCUUGAAAGUCUCUGACUCUUCUCAUUCAACAUAUGUCUCACUCUCAAAGGAAGACAAUGAGCUUAUCUUGAAUAACAAGUUGCAACUUGGCCAAUUCUUUUAUGUGGAUAGGAUAGAGGCUGGAACACCAGUCCCUAUUCUUGUUGAUGUUAGACCUGUUCCUGGAAGACACCCUUUUGUUGGCAAUCCUAAGGAUUUGAUGCAAUUGAUAGAGCCAUCACAGGUUCCAGUGCAAUCUAGUAAUCAUGGAGUUAAUGGUUCAAAAUCCAUGAAUUUAACAAAAGCCAAAGAGAGCCAAAGUCCAAGGCAUAAGAUUGUUAUUAAAGAGGAAAAAGCUGCUGUUGCAUCCAGGUACUUGCGGGGUGUUAGAAGUCCAAAAUUAAAAGUUAAUGUGCCAGAUACUAAUGAAGGAAGAAAAGGAGACGAUUUUGAGAAUGGUGUAGAUGGUAGGAACGUUGGGUCUCCAAAAGUAAAACUGCAAGAAAUUAAGGUAAUGACUAAAAUUAAGAUAUUGAUAAUGAUUGGUUUUAGUCUUUUAGCAUCACAGGUACCCCGAGUGACCACAACUCGUAGUCUACUUGAAGCACCUUCACCAAAGCAAGGUGUUGCUCAAUCUAACAUCCAGGAGAGUGUCAUAUCACCUUCUAGGCGCUUAUAUACCAAACGUAAUUCUAAUAAACAAGAAACUACGAACUUGAAUGUUAUGUCUAGCAGUGAAGAUAAAAGUUAUAGCACAGAUGCAAUUUCAUGGUCCUCUUUGCCAACCAACCUUUCAAGGCCUGGAAAGGGAAUGCUCAGAAGAAAGCAGCUAGCCUCGCUGGUUGCAGCAGAAGCUCAAAACGAAGUUAUUGCAACCGCAACCCUUGUCAAGUUCCUAAGUAUGUUCGCCAAUAUAUCCUCUUCUGCUGCAGCAGAGAACCCUCAUGUCACACUGAAUAAGUUUUUUACCUUCCAAGAGCUCAUGGACCAGUCAAAUGGUACAACACCACACAAAGAUAGAUCAAUUCCACUAUCUAAAACUUCUCCUUCAGAAGUAGACCAAUCUGAAAAGGAGUCAGUUUUAAUGCUUGGUAAAAGUAAAUCAAAGUCUCCAAAACACUCAACUGAAUUAUCACUAAUUGAUAAACAAGAAUGGGCGAAAGGGAAUGGUCUAAAAGAUGUAAACGAACUGAGAGAAGUCCUUUUGAGUGAAACAAGAACAUGGUUUUUGAAAUACUUGGAAAAGACAUUGGAUGUUUGGUUUUCCACAAGCUCUCAAGAGAAGAAAGGAAAAGUGAGUAAGGACAUUGUAGGGAAUCAAAUGGAGCAUGCCAAUCAUAUAGCUCUCAUGUUGUCCCACCUUAAGCAAGCAAAUGAAUGGUUGGAAAAACUGAGAAGCACUGUAAACUUGAAGCGUGAAGACCUGGUGGAAACUGUUGACAGGUUAAGACAAAAAGUUUAUUCUUGUUUGCUUCUACAUGUUGACUCUGCUGCAUUUGCUUUGGAAAACCGAGCUUGA